AUGUCUUAUAGUUAUUCUCCCACAACACCAUACUACCUCCCAAGUUCUCCUCCAUACGGUCCUCCACACUCUCCACCUUAUCAGAUCGAGUCCCUAAAAACCUGUAUCACGUAUUCACUUCCAUGUGAGUUGAAACAACAAUUGGAUGAACAAGUUCGAAAUUCGGGACAUGUUUGUCAACGACCGAAUCAUCUUGGAGAAGCGAAUUGGGGUCAUGUGUUCGUUUCCAUACCGUCGAAGCCACUCAAAUCCAUCUUUCAAAAUUCUGAGAAUAGAAACUUGCUGUUAAAACCUCUUUUUCAGAAUUACAAUUAUUUUGGCGAUGGCUACACACUCGGUACAGAUUGUCGAUUCUUUUCAUUGCCUACACAUAUCACAGUGAUCAGUCAUCUCGAGUGGCAGAGAGGAUUCUUUGAAUUGGACAAGAAGGUCAAUUAUUUAAGUCGUAACAGUUCACCAACAACCAAAUUGUCUCCUCUGGAUAUCAUCUAUAAAUAUAGCAAUUUAAGCUAUUUGGAAUAUACCAAGGAUAUGACUGAACAAGUGCGAGAGAACAAACUUCAACACUUGUUAAUGUUCACCUAUUUCAAGAGAUCUCAAUUUGCAACCUUGUUACCUGAUGAACUCGUGCAAUAUAUUGGUAGUUUUCUAAUGUUUGAAUUACAACCUCAAGACAAGCUCAGAAAAAUUAAUUUCAAAUUCUCAGGUUUGGUCACUUUUGCUCCUCAUUAUGUUGAUUAUGAAAAGUGUUUUUUCUUGCAUAUUGAGAGUGAAGAAUUGGAUGAAUUGAGAAAAAAGUAUGGCUUUCACAACAAGAUGGAUUUUGUACUAUGUGUAGGAAAGUUAGAACAUGCUUACCCGUGUCGCUAUUCACCUUGUGAGAUGGACGAGGAGAUUUCAUUUGUUGACAUUUCAAACUCAUCGGAUAAGAAGAGAAAAUUGAUGCAUGACGAUCCACAAACAGCACCCUCAAAAGAAAUUUGUAAAUAG